GUAAUGAAAAAAAAAGGAUGGAACCCACAAGAUUCGCACUGCGGAGUUUGGUAAAUAUGACAACAUCUACUGCAAUCAGAAAAAACGGUAGCGACCUGGUCUACACAACCAUUCAAGAGAACCCUAAUCCAUGGACUGAAAACAUGUUCUCUUCUCCCAUGGCAGACGUACCUCUCGACCUUAUCUCCGAUAUCAUCUGUCGAUUACCGACGAAAGCUAUCUUACGCUUCAGGAGAGUCUCAAAGAUAUGGAAGUGCCUCAUCGAUUGCUCUAAUUUCGUCAAUCUUCAUUUGAAGAAAUCCAUCGAGUCUCAAACUCAUUUCCAUCUCAUUAUCCGUAAGAAUUCUGAUCUCUUCACUGUCAAUCUCGAUCUAUUUGACCCUGCCGUCGAGCUUAUUCAUCCUCUGAUGUGUUACGGCAGUCGAAUUAAUAUUUGGGGCUCUUGUAAUGGCAUUUUGUGCAUCUGUAAUGUUGCUGAAGACAUCGCCCUCUGGAAUCCGUCUACGAGGAAGCACCGUAUAUUGCCAUCUCUACCUCCGGACCGUCGCCGUGAUGGUGUUCUUCGUUUUUCCAUUGAGUCUUACGGAUUCGGGUUUGAUUCUGUUCACGAUGACUUUAAACUCUUGAAAAUUUCGCAAUUUAUAGGAUUGGAAGACCCUAUGGAUUUUGAUUCACAUGUUAAGGUUUUUAGUAUGAGAAAAUUUUGUUGGAUGCCGAUUGAAAGUAUGCGCUACAUUCUGCGUAGCUCGAAAAUGGGGGUUUUUGUCAAUAAUGCUUUACAUUGGGUUGUGUCUGAGAAUCUGGGCAUGGAGUUAGCUGACUUAGUGGUGGCUUUUGAUCUUGGAACCGAUAGAUUCGAAGAUAUUCCAUUGCCAGAGCUUACUGAUUUCAAAUGUGAAAUUCAUGUGGAUGUUUUCGGUGGAUGUCUCUGUUUGCUUGCAAAUUAUGAUCGAGUUCGCUUUGAGGUUUGGGUGAUGAAGGAGUAUGGAGUUCAGGAAUCAUGGAUGAAAUUACUGACUGUUUCUCAAGUUGAUUUUGUUGGUUCCAUUAAGUCUGUGAAACCGUUGACUUAUUCUAAGACUGGCUGUAAAGUUCUUCUACUUCACAAUCGUAGAAAGCUUAUCUGGUAUGAUCUUGAUACUCAGACAGUUCAUGAUGCCGUGAUUGAUGGGCUGCCUCAUAGCUUUGAUGCUGAAACAUUAGUGGAAAGCCUUAUUUCAGUUGAUGCUUAUAGGGGAACCCCUGUAAAGAUCGUCGAAGAGGAGAGGGACGAUUUCUUGUCAGAAGGGUUCAAACUGGUGUUAUAGGCAAAAAGAGAUGAGCAACUGCGGGAGUGGAAGUCGGUACUUCUUUUCUUUUUUCCCCCUCAAAAAUUUGAAACAGAGUUUACAAACUUAGCCUCACAAAGUUUUACUUCUUGAAAAAGGAAAAACAAAAAAGGAAAUUCUUUUAACCAUGGGGCCUUAGUUUCUAUCACAAAGUUCAAUUUUACGAGUUCCUUCAUGGUUAGAACUGAGAGUUGAUGAUGGGGUGCUAUAUUAUAUUACACAUUUACCCAUCAUUUUGAGGUAGGAAAGGUAUAAAUAUGGUGGAUGACUACAUCUCGAUGCACGCUGACGGCAGUUGAAAGAGAUUCUCACAUCUCCUCUGAGUUUUUAGGUUGAAUGAAACAACUUUAUAUACUUUCACAUCUUGUAUAGGUGGUUACACUGUAUCAAGAAGCUAACAUGUGUAGUUUGUGGAAUUGAUAGUUAUUUUAUGAUUUGGGCUCUUGUUGCAUAUUGUUAAUGGUUACUAUUUCCGGUUUGUAAAUAAAUAAAGAAGUGUAUAUGGGACAAGAUUUUCAAA